ACUUUCCAGGAGGCUUGUGGAUCUUGUUGCUGGGUUCACUGCCGAGUUCAAAAAGGAAUCCUAGUCGUUUCCUACCCAAAUAAGCAGGAUUCGUCACUGGGGUCAUGUGUGGGAAAGAGAGACGAUUCAGCUCGGAAGUAUUUCACCCAAGGUCGGCCCCUUUGUUUUUGCCCAUCCUCAUCCCCAUCGUUCACUAAUUAUUUGGGCUUCACUUUUCGUUUACAAUGUCACCUCGUGCAAUAACACCCCUAAUCGAGAAGGUUUCUCCCGUCCUUCUGGAAGAGUUCACUUUGGACAAGUUCUCAGUAACAUCAAAUGGCUUCCUUCCCAGUCAAGCCCCGUUAAGGUCACUCACAGAUUCAUACUAUGAACCGUGGGAGACUCUGAUACGGACCGUACCGGGAUCCCUGAAGCAGCGUACGUUGCGUUUUCAAGUCGAUCAACUGCCGGUGUUGUCUCUUGAUCGGUUAGCAACCAAGGCGGAGUGGAGGAGAGCCUAUGUUAUCCUGAGCUUCCUCACUCAUGCGUAUAUAUGGGGAGGUGACCGUGCCGCAGAGGUCCUACCUCCGUCAAUAUCGAUUCCCCUUCUCCAAGUUUCAUCCCGACUUGAGCUCCCCCCAGUUGCGACCUAUGCGGGCCUAAACCUUUGGAACUUUACCAGUCGGACCACCGACUUCACCGAUCUCGACUCGAUACACGCCCUCCACACGUUUACUGGCACUGAAGAUGAGUCGUGGUUUUACAUGGUAUCCGUCGCGAUGGAAGCCCAAGGCGCAUACAUAAUCCCAAUCAUGAUGCGGGCGCUCGAGUCCGUCAGAACAAGAGAUUACGCCACCAUCACGCACGCUCUGCGAGAGAUGUCCUGCUGCAUACGCAAGCUUGGCCUCCUGCUCGACCGCAUGGACGAGAAGUGCGACCCCACCAUCUUCUACCACCAGAUCCGGCCAUUCCUCGCCGGGAGCAAAAAUAUGGCCUCGGCGGGGCUCCCAAGAGGCGUCUUCUACCCCGACGACGUGGACGGCCGCGGGCGCUGGCUCCAGCUCCGCGGCGGCAGCAACGGCCAGAGCUCGCUGAUCCAGUUCUUCGACAUCGUGCUCGGCGUCGAGCACACCUCCCGAGGUGGGCCCGACGCACCGGCACCAACAAAACCACCACCACCUGGCAAAGCAUCGUCCGAACCACCAAGCUUCCACGAGGAGGUCCGCGCGUACAUGCCCGGCCCGCACCGGCGGUUCCUCGAGCACGCCACCGCGGCGGCGGGGGCGGGACGGACGGACGACGGUGGCGGCGGCAGAGGUAUCCGGGAUCUCGUUUCGCGGCUGCCGGCGACGGAGACGGCGACGGCGGAGCAGAUGGCCCUCCGUGCCGCUUUCCAGGAGGCGACGGGGGCGCUGGGCGAGUUCCGCGGGAGGCAUCUGCAGAUCGUGGCGAGGUACAUCGUCAUACCCUCGCGGCAGCAGCAGGAGAAACAGCGGCGGGCUGCGGAUGGCGGUGGCGGUAGCGAGGUCGUCGUCAAUCUCGCCAACGUGGCGCCGGGAGAGAGGAGCGCGAACGCGAAGGCGGCCGCGGGGCUGACGGGGACGGGGGGCACGGAGCUACUGCCUUUCUUGAAGCAGGCGCGAGACGAGACGUAUCGCGCUGGGUUUUUGGAGCCGGGGGCAUGAUUGGACCUUGGUUGGUCGAUGGUCGCCUCGUGCUGCCUGGCUAGGAGCCACUUGUACUGUAUUUAUAUACGCAAACUUAUGCCUCUGGCGACACGAUGGUUUAGAUAGAUUAGAUAGAAAAGACUAUUAAUGAC